AUGAACGAAGUGAAGUGGGAUUUAUUGAACUUUGCUCCGCCAUUCUCACAGUAUGACACUCUUGGUCUUGGAUGGGGCAACAGUCUCCUAGCAUUCAUCGGCAUUGCACUUCUGCCCAUACCCUGGAUCUUAUAUAAAUUUGGCGGGCGUAUGAGGGCACAUCCGAGAUUCCAGAUGCAAUUUUAA